AUGAUACUACUGUUUUUGGUUAUUACAUUGACAUGUUGCAAGGUAGUAACAGAUAAAGAUGUGACUUUCGACUGCAAAGAGAAUGGACUUUAUUGUAUUGAAGAUGGGAAACACGACAAUUUGUAUUUUGAAUGUUCUAAUUACUUCCGUGGACUGAGACCAUGUGCUCCAGGCACGCAAUGCAUUGGUAAUGGUCAAAAAGAAUAUGGGUAUAACCCAUGCGGAGUCAAAUCCAAUGAACCAACAACGCCAUCGGUCACUAAAAGUGAAGAGAAGAGCAUCGAUAAGAAGUCAGAAGAGUCAAAGAUUCCAAUAACUCCCCCAAUCGACAAAAGUGGAGAGAAUGCCAUAUGUAAAGAAGAUGGAUUUUAUUGUACUGGUGACAACGAACAUAGUACCCAAUAUUAUAUCUGCUCUGAGACUUAUAAGGGAUACUCUAAAUGUCCUCUCGGAACCAAAUGUGGAGCCAAUGGGCAUUAUCCAUUCACUAUCAAUCCGUGCAUUCUUGAUGGGUAUAUUUUUAAAUCAACUGAGAACAGCGAAGUUAAAAGUGUUGAGAAGAGUACAGAGAAGUCUUCAGAAGUGGAUGUUAAUGGUAUCGAUUGCAAGGAAAAUGGAUAUUACUGUGUGGAAGAUGGUAAACACGACUACCAGUUCUAUGUCUGCGAAGACACUUUUAAGGGUUUCAUGAAGUGCCCCGUUGGUACCAAAUGUGCUGGAGCCACAACUAAGCCAUACACGUCAAGUCCUUGUGUUUUACUUGGGGAGAAAUCUGUUGAAAAAUCACUUGAGAAAUCAGUAGCAACGCCUUCAGUCGAUAAGAACGAAGAUAUUCCAUCUUGCAAAGAGGAAGGGUUGUACUGUGUAUUUGAUGGUAAACACGAUCAUGAGUAUUAUAUCUGCACAGAAGCGUAUAAAGGAUUUUCUAAAUGCCCGAGUGGGACAGUUUGUAAAGGCAAUGGGAGAUUCGAUCUUAAAGUUAAUCCUUGUGUCGAAGACACCACUUUGAUUACUGAAACGUCCAAAGAAGAGUCUAAAGAGAAGAGUGAGCACAAUUCGGAAACAUUACAAUGCAAACAAGACGGGUUGUAUUGUGUUAUUGAUGGAAAACACAACGAGAUGUAUUAUCAGUGCUCCGACUUCUUCAACGGGUUUAGAGCGUGCCCUAAAGGAACAUGGUGUAAAGGAGAACAAGACAAGCCUUAUGAAACAAACCCAUGCGUAUGGUAUGACGAUACAACCUGGGCAAAGAAGAAUUAA